UUUCUAUGACGACACGAGUCCUGUCAUGCGCCAUUGUGUUUUAUAAGAUUUCGAAUAUUUAUUGUGCAAUCGAAAGUAAUUUUGUUAAUUCCAACGGUUAUCAAUAAAUAUGAGUAAUUUACGUUUGCAAAAACGUCUCACGGCAGCGAUAAGAGGAUGUGGAAAGAAAAAAGUUUGGUUGGAUCCAAACGAAACCAGCGUCAUUGCUAACGCGAAUUCCAGAGCACAAAUACGUGUCUUGAUGAAAGACGGCUUCAUUUUCUGCAAACCAACAAGAAUCCACUCGAAAUACAGAAUACGCAAGGACAAAACUGCCAGACUAAAAGGACGUCACUGCGGUUUCGGUAAAAGGAAGGGAACCAGAAAUGCCAGAACCCCAAAAAAAGAACUGUGGUCUAGAAGAAUGCAAAUCUUGCGUCGCCUACUCAGGAGAUUCAGGGAAAACAAAAAAAUCGACAAACACCUCUACAUGAAACUGUAUUUGAAAGUCAAAGGCAACGUUUUCAAGAACAAGAGAGUCUUGGCAGAGUUCAUCUUCAAGAAAUAUUCUGAGAAUGCACGUCUCAAGUCUUUGAAAGAUGAGGCUGAAGCGCAUAGAGCAAGGUUCCGUGAAUCUAAAAGGAGAAGGCUUGAAAGGAUUGCCGCUAAAAAGGAGGAACUCAAAAUGCAGGAGGCAAAUAAUGCCUAAUGGUAGCUUGAGUAACUUUGUUCAAAUUUUUCUCAAUUUAUCCUUAGGAACCGUUUUUUUUUUGUUAAAUGAGUCUAUAUAGUUUACGUUAUUGUGAGUUGAGUUGUAAUAAAUAAAUUAAAACAUAGUU